GAUUUGCACAGGUAUGGGCCUUCGUGGAAGUCCUUCCUUAUGCACCUUCGCCCAUUCAGUCUAUUAAGACCCACGCACGCCCUGGACACAGAAGCCUUCGCAGCCCCUGACUGGACGCGUACUACACCCUCCUCUGCUAGUAUAGUAUUCUGAUCAUCAUGGGACAGCCUGUCGGCGUGGUUUCAAAAUAUGAAGACAAAGCUCCGGCAGACUCCAUAUGGGAUUGCUAUUCAAAAGGAUUAGAGAUUCUUGCGAACGGCCGUGUUAGCUCUAUCUCUGUCAGCGGCACUUAUCCUUACAACUACGCUAUUCCUAAUGGUCAAAAAGUUCAUAUUUUUAGAUGUAGUAAUGACAAACUUUGUAGGCGGUUGAAAGGAUUCGACUCUCGAGUUUCUUGCUGUGGCUUCAGAGGCGACGGAAAGCUUAUCGCUGUCGGAGAAGAAAGUGGUUUCUUACGGAUUUGUUCAACUGACAAGAAUGGGUUUCAUCUAAGGAAACUUCAGGCUCACAAAGGUUCGGUUAAUUCUGCCCACUUUUUCCCUGGUGGUCUUCGCGCUGCUAGCAUUGGCUCCGAUGGCGUCGUUUGCGUUUGGGACGUCGCACUUGGAACUAGGAUUAAUCGUUAUUGCUCGGCUCGGACAAAUGAGAGUGGGAAAACUCUGAUUCCAUGUCGAACAGAUGAGAACAUCCUUUUCUGUGCGGACUUGGCCGGCCACGUUUUCGUAUACGACGUCCGCGAGUCGAAACCAGUGACUACGUUUAAGUUACCAAACGGUGUAUCUGCUUUGGCCUCAAACAAUACGGACAAAGUGUUAGCAAUUGCGAAUGGCUCUCUCAUACACUUUUGGACCAUGGAGAUGCGCCGUUUCCUGUCAGUUCCCCGUUCCGACGAGUCGGCGGCUGAUCCGUUUGGUGGCUUGCGGAUACACUACAAAUUGGUCACCGGCCUUUGUAUUACUAAUCACCCGGACACUUCUCAGGGAGAAGUACUACUUUCUGUAUCAACGGAUAAAGUUGCCAAAGUGUCUCACCUUGCGUCGUUCAAGGAACUGCACCAAACGCGGUAUCUGUUGCCUCUUACUGCAGUUGCAGCCACGCCCGAUUGUGCCACAAUCAUAGUCGGUGGAGAAAAAGGAUUCGUCAGAGCUCAUCACUUGAACACGGAGAGUCUUACACGUCUAGCGAUGAGUGACAAAUCCGAUCAUCGAGCGGAUUUGACCGGGAAUGCUGACCCCGAUUUUGGAUCGCCUGGCGGUUUGCCGUCCUCAUAUGUAAAACUAGCCGAUCGCUUUUCCGGACGUUGGCGUGGAGGCAAUCCACUCAUGUCAAUGACCACCGAUGACUGGCUUGAGCAACCAUUUGAUGGCCCACGGAAAGCCCCAGUGAAAUGGAUCGCGACUGAUCGAGCUAGUCGGUUUGGACACCCUGUACCACUUAUACAUGAGACUUCCGAAAUCUCUCGCGACGGCUUCCGCUUCUUCUCGGACUCAGGCUCAUCUGAUGUUUUGUGUAAGAUAGACCAUAUGCUCAAACGAUUCACUCAUUCUCAAGCGUUGUCAGCAGUCACGCGAUCCCGCAUUUUGACCAAGCAAUCCGGCCGAGUCGCCCCAAUGGCUCCACACAAGCAUCGUCUCUACGCUGUGGCUGUCAUUCGAGAGCUGGUCAGGCGAGGAAAUUUGACCGCAGCUGUUGCUGGUCGUGAUGGUGUGCAACUUACGCGCCUCUUGAGAUUCAUCCGCAGGAAUGUGUGGCGAUGCGGAUGUGCCACAGCGUGCUUGGAGUUGUACCACUGCAUCCUAGACAUCUAUACUGCUGAAGAACUUUCUGUCAUACCAGAAUUUUUUAAAACGAACGAAGUUUUGAAGCGACUAUCGGUAAACUUGCAUACAGUCGGAGCUAUAGCCGAUCACAUCAUCGACCUCACCAGUGAUCAGAUUACACUCAAGGUGGCCCCGAAGAUGCCACAAAUUGAGCCUAAAGACACUAACACUUCGAAGUGUGUUACGUUAAAGACAAAGAAACUGCGCAAGGAUUCCACGGUAAAAUCGCCAUUUUAGUUAGAUCGGAUCGUAUAAAAGUAUGAUCUGAACAGCACCGACAGAACUCUCCUUGUACAGCUUUUCCACUAUACAGUCAAAAAAGAGCAUUCUCAGGUU